CAUAUAACAUUGCUUGCAUUUCCUACAGAAAUCUGAGGUCUGACUGUAAUCAGACAAUCUGUUGUGAGCAACAAGAUUCAGGGCAGUCGGAAGUAAAAUGACUAAAGCCAUCUUUGAAGACUGUGUGUUCUUCUUCAAAGUGAACUUACCUUUCAAAGAGAAGAGGCGCUUAAAAUCUGUCAUAACCGCAAAUGGUGGAUCUAUUUCUUUUGUACUGAAUCAUAAGUGCACUCAUUGUAUUGUGAAUACUUCCAAUGAUCUAAGCUCUUCACAUUUGAAAAAGAUAGAUAAGUAUCAGAUUGAUGUUGUGAAAAUUGAUUCAAUAUGGAAAUCUAUACAAAAUCAGGAAACACUCCCUCCAGCAGAUGUCAGUAUUGUUACUACACCAGUAAAGACAUCAAAGGAGCAACUACAAGGUUUUCUGAAAAAUCUUCCUUUAAGUGAAAGUGUGAAGGACAAAGAAGAUAUUCCUGAAAGGACUGUCAGCGAUGAUGAGGUGUCCAAUUUUGCAGAAGAUGCUGAAGUUGCAAAAUACUGUUUCCUUCAAAAAGUUCAGGGUAAAGACUUUGCUAUAGUGGAAUUACUCUGCUCUUCUCAAGUAUGCCAUCCUUAUUCAUUCAGAAUUUCUACAAGAUUUAGUCAUCCUACUAAAUCACAGGUUGUGAGUGCAUAUGAACUAAGCACUGCUGAAAAGGCCUGUGAGAAGUAUGAAAAGUGCAUCAAUGACCUAAAAAAUAAAGGUUUUAUACCAGCAGACAACCUUACUCCACAAGCUGUAGUCUCUGCUUCUCGGACAUUGCAAAAGGUCCUCCUUGAGGAAGCAAUUCAUGCUACUAAACUGUCUCCAGAAGUCAGACAAUUUGUCGAAUCUAUGUGGGUAGAUGCUCUUGGUCAUCUUGACAAUGUGCUUCGGUGUCCAGUAAACAACAUCAGCCUGAACGAUGUGAGUAAGGCUGAAGGUAUUUUGCUUCGAGUAGGAAAUGCGCUGCACAAAGCAGAAAACCCUGAUGAUAUAAGAAAAAUGAUGACUGAGUUUUAUCGUCUUAUUCCUCAUAAGGAACAUGUACUGAACAACAUUGAUAAGAAGAUGCUGUCAAAAAAACAAGAUCUAUGCCAACUCAUCAGAGACAUGGUAAACAUUAGUGAAACAAACCUACACCAACACAAUCCCAGCUGUUUGGCCAAAUACCAAGCGCUGAGAUGCAGAAUAGAGCAUGUUGACCAGAGUUCUGAUGAGUUUCUUCAGGUGAAAAAGCAGAUUCUAGAGAGUAAUCACAGUGAUAAUUCUUUUGAUAUUCUAAACAUUUAUCGCAUUGGAAGACUAAGUGAAGCUACGGAUUUUCACAGCAAGCUUGGGAACAUCAAGCCUUUGCUUCAUGCAUCUUCAGCACGGAAUUUUGUUGGAAUCCUCUCUCGUGGAUUAUUGUUACCAAAAGUAAUUGUGGAAGACCAUGGCCUGCAGAGGACUGAUAUUGGAAACCUUGGAAGUGGCAUUUAUUUUAGUGAUUCAAUAAGCACAAGUGUUAAGUAUACAGAGCCCAGUGAAAACAACGGUGCACGACUCUUAGCUGUCUGUGAUGUAGCUCUUGGAACUUCAAAAAAAUUAUACAAAAGAGACUUUUCUAUAACUGAAGCACCCAAUGGAUAUCAUAGUGUGCAUGGUGUUCGGCAAGUGGUAGGAGACAUUUCAGACUUUAAGGAUGAUGAAUUUGUAGUAUACAAUAAAAAUCAAGUUAAAUUGAAAUAUGUCGUCCAGUUUUGUACCAAUGAGGAUCAAGUGAACUUUGAACCUCAAGGUUAUGCUAUUGAGGAUGAGCAAAUAGAGGAGGAUGUUGGAAAAGACUUACUGCAAGCAGAUGAGCCUAUGUCAGAAAAUCUUCCCCCAGAAAAAAUAAUAAAGGGGGGUCUUCAAGGUGUCCACGGCAAACAGAUUCCCUUGGAGGGGAUUCAUGUGAAAGCGCGAGUAAUGGAUUUUAUAUCUCAGGUUGUGGUUUUUCAAACCUAUAAAAAUAAUAGCAUAUUCCCUAUUGAGGCCAAAUAUGUUUUUCCUUUGGAUAGCACAGCAGCUGUAUGUGGCUUUGAAGCAUUUAUCAAUGGAAAACACAUUGUAGGAGAGGUGAAAGAAAAAGAGCAAGCACAUGAGGAGUACAGAACCGCUAUUAGUGAAGGCCACGGUGCUUAUCUCAUGGAUCAAGAUGCACCUGAUGUCUUCACUGUGAGUGUUGGAAACCUGCCUGCAAAUGCCACUGUAAUCAUUAAAAUUACCUACAUCACAGAGUUGGAGUUCAAUAUAAAUUCUGUCAAAUUCUUCAUCCCUGGAACUCUAGCAUCUUGGCAACAAGAUAAAGCCCUUAAAGAAAACACACAAGAUUCUGUAGCAAAAGUAUUUGUUGAAGAGGGGGCUACUUCAAAAGGCUCUUUCUGUCUGGAUAUGUCCAUUGAAAUGCCCUAUGAAAUUGAAUCUAUCAGAAGUCACACACAUGAUAUUAAAAUAAAGAAAACGGAUUGCAAAGCCGUGAUACAAACUGAGAAUGAAAGUUCUUUAGAUGACAGUGGUUUUCAUCUGGCGAUUUAUAUGAAAGACAUGUACCUUCCAAGAAUGUGGGUUGAAAAGCACCCUGAUCACGACAGUGAGGCAUGCAUGCUGGUAUUUCAGCCUCAGUUUCAAAGCACAGAAGAAUCUGGAGAGGUAACAAUCUGCCUGGAUUGCUCAAAUUCUAUGGCCUCUUCAUUCCAAGAUGCUAAACUUCUUGCAUUACAUGCUGUCAAUGCUCUGUUUUUGACCCACAAGAUAAACCUCAUUGUAUUUGGUACAAGGUAUAAAGAAUUUGACCUGUAUCCAAAAUUACAAAAUAAUACUACUCUGGAGAAGCUGAAGAAGUUUAUCAGAUCAGCCAAACCAAACAUGGGAAAUACAGAGUUGUGGAAACCACUGCAUUCCUUGAGCCUACUUGCCCCUUCAACUGGAGUGCAAAAAAUCCUCCUAAUAUCUGAUGGACACAUCCAAAAUGAGAGCCCUGUCUUUCAGGUUUUAAAAAGAAAUGUGGGGAAAGUCCAACUAUUUACCUGCGGUGUUGGUGGUAAAGCAAAUCGACACAUGCUGCGGAGUCUGUCUCAAUAUGGUGCUGGAGCAUUUGAAUUUUUUGAAGCCAAAUCUAAAAGCAGUUGGUCUCAAAAGCUCUACUCACAGAUAAAAAGAAUGGAAUCUCCCGCAUGCCAUGCAGUUUCUGUGAAAUGGAAGCGCUUUAAUGUGAAUGCUCCUGAGCCAGUACAAGCCCCCACAAAUAUCCAGGCUUUGUUCUGUGGUGAAAGACUUCUUGUUUAUGGCUUUGUUUCUGAUUGCACUCAGGCAACUCUGAAAGCUUUAAUUAACGAUCAAGAGUUGGAGACAAUGGUAUCUACAACAAAAUUACAGAAGACAACAGGAACUAUGCUCCAUAAACUCACUGCUAGAGCUAUAAUCAAGGAUUAUGAAGAUGGAAUCCUACAUGAGAAAGAAAAUGAGCAUGAGAUGAAAAAACAACAACUGAAGACUUUAAUUAUUGAACUCAGCAAGGAGUACUCAAUUGUAACCCAAUUUACAAGCUUUGUUGCUGUUGAAAAAAGGGAUUCCCAGGAAAGCUUGCACAGCCAAGAAGUAAAUGUUGCAGAAAUUAUCUCUGCAGAAAAUAUUGACUUUUUGCCAUACAUGGAAUGGGAGACCAGCAGUGAUGAUCUUGUAUUUGAUUGUCUCUCAAAAUCUGUAGGAGACAGAUGGACUGGACUUGAAGAACUUGAAGAACCUGAAAAACCUGAAGAUCUUGAAGGACUUGAAGAUCUUGAAGGACUUGAAGAUCUUGAAGAUCUUGAAGGACUUGCAGGACUUGAAGGACUUGCAGGACUUGAACGACUUGCAAGACUUGAAGAAUGUGAAGCAACAGAAGAUAGAUCUUUCACAGGUGAAAGAGGAGGAAGCUUUGAAUCUUCAUCUUCAUCUUCUUCUUUCGAUUCUAAUAAUUUCGAUUGUAAUUAUUUGGAUGAGCACCCUAUUUACGAAGAAGAAGAAACAUAUGCGCAGGCUUUUAUGGCUCCCUCUUCAGUGAUGUUCAAAAGACAAAGUAGCACUUCAAGUGUGCCAAUUCAACCGACUUCAUUAGAUGGUUUUGGUGCUCAAGCAGUGGAAACUACUGAACAGAAUUUGCUUGAUAUGGCACCCUCUUCUUCAGCGCUCUUCGGAAGUCCUUCAAAUGUGCCGUUUCAAGGUUUUUCAGGUUUUCAUUCUCAAGCAGCAGGAAUAAACAUAGGCAUGGCACCCCCUUGUGUAGCACUGAAAAGAAGCCAAAUAAGCCCUCCUAAAAGUUCCCUGUUUUCAGGUUUUGGUGCUCAAGCAGUGGAAACUACUGAACAGAAUUUGCUUGAUAUGGCACCCUCUUCUUCAGCGCUCUUCGGAAGUCCUUCAAAUGUGCCGUUUCAAGGUUUUUCAGGUUUUCAUUCUCAAGCAGCAGGAAUAAACAUAGCAUGGCACCCCCUUGUGUAGCACUGAAAAGAAGCCAAAUAAGCCCUCCUAAAAGUUCCCUGUUUUCAGGUUUUCGUGCUCAAGCACUGGAAACUACUGAACAGAAUUUGCUUGAUAUGGCACCCUCUUCUUCAGCGCUCUUCGGAAGUCCUUCAAAUGUGCAGUUUCAAGGUUUUUCAGGUUUUCAUUCUCAAGCAGCAGGAAUAAACAUAGGCAUGGCACCCCCUUUUGUAGCACUGGAAAGAAGCCAAAUAAGCCCUCCUAAAGGUUCCCUGUUUUCAGGCUUUGGUGCUCAAGCAGUGGAAAACAACUAAACAAAAAUUGGGAGAUAAGACACCCUCCUCUUCAGCGCUCUUUGGACGUCCUUUAAAUGUGCCUUUGCAAGAUCUUUCAGGUUUUGGUUCUCAAGCAGCAGGAAUAA